GAAAUAGAAAAACCGCGGAAAGGAAAUUGCAGGACCCAUCGAAUUGCAGCUGAGAAGAGAGGGGAAAUCAUCGUCUUCGAUUCGUCGUCCCGUAUCUUUACCAUGGACGCGCACCACGCAUCUCUAGGUCGACGAACGUUGGAGGAAAUCCGCCAAAAGAGAGCGGCUGAGAGAUUGGGCAAGGCCGCUUCGGGACCGGAUCUGACCAAAGCUUCAAUCCCUAAUGAUGAUGAAGGAUUUAAAAAAUCAGAGAGUGGAAAUCGACUGUCUGAGACAGACAUUAGUGGUUUAGUAGCUCAGCUGAAAGAACUGCUGAAGAAGAAUUCGGAAUUAGAGGAGGAUAACAAACUAUUAUCCUCAAAGCUUCAAACAAAGGAAGACGAAAACAAAACACUUCAGACACGCUUAAAUGAGCUGGAACAGACCACUUUACCAUCUCUGAGGAAAGCUUUAAAGGAAGUUGCUAUGGAGAAAGAUGCAGCUGUUGUCUUACGGGAGGACCUUUCAGCACAACUUCGCACUCUCAAGAAACGUAUGAAGGAAGCAGAAGAAGAACAAUAUCGAGCUGAGGAAGAUGCAGCAGCCUUGAGAGCAGAACUAAAUUCAAUACAACAACAAGCAAUGAGUGGUCUGCAUAGUGGAAUUUCUUCUCCAGGAGUUUCGCUAGAUCAAAUACAAAAUUUGGAAAAUGAGUUGGCUGGUUUAAAGUCCCAAUUACAGCAAGAGUCAAUAUUAAGAAGGCAGGAGCAACAAAUUUUAAUGGAGGAGCAAGCUCGGGCUUCUGCUCUCAUGUCAGAAAAGCAAGAAUUGGAACAGAAACUUGCAGCUAUGUCCAGGAGGGCCUCUGAAGAAGUCACAGAAAAAAUGACUCAUAAGGCAUAUUCAGUGGAAGACAAAGAGAAAUUUGAGAAACAGUUACAUGACAUGGCUUUUGCGAUUGAGAGAUUGGAAAGUAGUAGGCAAAAACUUCUAAUUGAGAUUGAUAGUCAAUCAUCAGAAAUAGAGAGGCUUUUUGAGGAAAAUACGAAUCUAUCUUCUUCUUAUCAAGAGGCAAUCGGCAUAGCCAAGCACUGGGAGAAUCAGGUGAAAGACUGUCUUAAACAAAAUGAAGAGCUCCGUGAAAUCCUAGAUAAGUUGAGAACAGAACAGGCUAGUUUACUGUCUACGAACACUCAGAAGAUCAUGAGAGGCCUGGCGGUAAAUGAAACCAAUUCACAAUCAUAUGCAACUGAAAUCUUGUCUCUCAAGGGCCAACUUGCAAAAGAACAGAGCAGAGCUGAAGAGUUAUCUGCCCAAGUUAUGCAUCUAUCUGCUCAGGUCCAACAAACAACACAAGCAUAUAGUGGUCUUGCUCGCAUCUAUAAACCCAUUCUACGAAACAUUGAAAGCAAUCUUAUCAAGAUGAAGCAAGAUGGUAUUGUGACCGUGCAGUGAAUGUUGGGAGACACUUUCAAUUUUGUAAUUUGUAUAAAUACUAUGUCAAAACAUGUAAGCUUUUCUAUACUUGGUAUUCAUUACAAGCCAAUUCUUAAAACUAAUGACUUGAGUAGAGAAGAGGGUUAAACUUGGGGUUCAACUUCAACUCUUAUACCAUAGUUUGAAGAUUACAUGUUACUCCUGUGUUUGCAUA